UGCUGAGUUACUAGUACUACCAAAGGAAAAGCAAAAAGAUUCUCAUUAUCUCACUUACUAGUUACUCACUCACUCAUCAUUUUGGUUAAGUUAAAUGCAAAAAGCAGCUUAACUCAAAAAGCACUUCCAACUUCAUCUAUAACUUUCUCACUUCAGUUUCAGCUUACAUCUAUUACCCUCCUCUGUCUUUUAACUCAACCCUUACCUUACUUUACUUUCCCCUCCCUACCUUUCAACUCUUUCACUUUAUGCUAACCUUUCUGAGAACUCAAAACUUCACUAUGCGUUGUGGUGUUGUUGUUGCUGUUGUUAUCUUGUUCUUUAACGCGUUUUUAGUGUCUCGUGUGAGUGGAAUCGGCGUAAACUGGGGUACUCAAUGUACGCAUCUUUUGUCACCGACCACGGUUGUGAGAAUGCUGAAAGAUAACGGGAUUCAGAAGGUGAAGCUGUUUGAUGCUGAUCCCAAUAUCUUAGACGCGCUUAAGAAAUCUGGUAUUCAGGUUAUGGUGGGGAUUCCUAAUGACAUGCUUUAUACUCUUGCUAAUAGUCUUCAAGCUGCUGAAAGAUGGGUUUCUAAGAAUGUUUCUGCUCAUGUUUCUUCUGGAGGUGUUGACAUCAGAUAUGUUGCGGUGGGGAAUGAACCAUUUCUGUCAACAUACAAUGGCACUUUUGAAGCCACUACACUCCCAGCUCUGCAAAACAUCCAGGCAGCUCUUACAAAAGCCGGUUUGAGUACUCGAGUCAAAGUUACUGUCCCAUUAAACGCGGAUGUGUAUAUAAGCGAAACAAGUAACCCAUCCGACGGUGAUUUCAGGCCGAAUAUCAACAACGUCAUGCUGCAGAUAGUCAAGUUCUUGAGUGACAACGGAUCUCCUUUUACCGUAAACAUAUAUCCUUUUAUCAGUCUCUACUUGGAUCCCAGCUUCCCCGUCGAUUAUGCUUUUUUCAAUGGCUUUCAAGCUGCUAUAAAUGACAAUGGAAAGAUCUACGACAACGUGUUUGAUGCUAACCAUGAUACACUAGUAUGGGCACUGCAGAAACACGGGUUCGGAAACUUGCCUAUAAUUGUUGGGGAAAUUGGGUGGCCAACCGAUGGAGACAGAAAUGCAAAUCUUCAAAGUGCUCAACGCUUUAACCAAGGUUUUAUGUCGAGGUAUGUUUCCGGUAAGGGCACGCCGAUGAGGCCUAAUCCUAUAGAUGCCUACUUGUUUAGCUUCAUAGAUGAAGAUAAUAAGAGCAUUCAGCCCGGGAACUUCGAACGCCAUUGGGGGUUGUUUUACUUAGACGGACAGCCCAAGUACCAACUUAAUCUCGGAACAGGCCGGGCGACUGGAUUGGUGGGAGCUAGCGGCGUCCAACAUUUGGAGAAAAAGUGGUGUGUGUUGAAACCAUCAGCAAACCUCAAUAGUGAUCAAUUGGCACCAAGUGUGUCAUAUGCCUGUCAAAAUGCUGAUUGUACAAGUCUUGGGUAUGGAACAUCAUGUGGUAAUUUGGAUGUGAAAGGAAAUAUCUCUUAUGCAUUUAACAGCUACUACCAAGUGAAUGACCAGAUGGAUAGUGCAUGCAAAUUUCCUGGACUUUCCAUGAUCACUGAUAAAGAUCCUUCAUUUGGAACUUGCAAAUUUAGAAUCAUGAUUGAGACAGAUUCUGCUGAGCUAAAUGGUAUGGUUGGAUCAACAACAACAGUACUCCUUGCUUUGGUUGUUUUACUGUUGUGUAAUGUUUCAUUUUGAUUUGCUUGUUUCUUUUUUAAUUUAUUAUUUUUGGAUGACUUGAUGUGUAUUACAAAUUCUCGGUAUGUAUGGGUUUAACCGGUGUAAAAAAAGCACUUGUAGCAAUGGAAUAUGCAAUGAUUUGUCA